GGUAGCAGGCUUGGAUGCAGGCCCCCUCCUCCCAGAGCUCUGGAUAAUGGAUACAAGGGGCUACAGGGGGAGGGGCGGCAGGGCACAAUGACGGUCCACGCUGAUUUAUAAAGCAGGCUGCAAGAGGCACAGACUUUCCUCACAGCAUCCCAGGACUAGUACGCAGAAUCUUCUCAGUGUACAGAAGUAGUCACCUGGUACCAGCCCGCAGCAUCUCCCUCACCAUGAGUCACUCUGGGCUGAGAAGCACCUCAACCUCCUACCGGCGCACUUUUGGGGCCCCUCUCCUGUCGCCCAUGCCCUCCUACUCGUCCUCAUCCAGGUUUCAGACCUCCAGGCACUUAGGCAGUCCCUCUCCUGGUCCCUCCAGUCGCUCCUCAUCCUCUGCCUUCAGGGUGAGGUCCAGCACCCCAGUCCGCGUCUCCCUGGACAGAGUGGACUUCUCUGUAGCCGAGGCUCUAAACCAGGAGUUCUUGACCACUCGCAGCAAUGAGAAGGCGGAGAUGCAGGAGCUUAAUGACCGCUUCGCCAGCUUCAUAGAGAAGGUCCGAUACUUGGAGCAACAGAAUGCCGUGUUGGUGACCGAGAUCAACCAAGCCAGAUCCAAGGAGCCCACUCGGGCAGCGGAUCUGUGCCAGCAAGAGCUGAGGGAACUGAAAAGACAGCUGGAUGCUCUGGGCAAGGAUAGGGACCACAUCCAGGUGGAGAGGGACAACCUGGCAGAGGACCUCAAUUAUCUUAAGCAAAGGCUGGAUGAAGAAAUUCACAAGAGAGAAGAUGCUGAAAAUAAUCUAGUACUGUUCAGGAAGGAUGUAGAUGAUGCCACCCUGUCUCGCCUGGAGCUGGAAAGAAAGAUCGAGUCUCUAAUGGAUGAAAUAGAAUUCCUGAAGAAACUUCAUGAGGAGGAACUGCAAGAUGUGCAGGUGUCAGUACAGACACAAUCAGUUCAUCUGGAAAUUGAGGCAACAAAGCAGCCUGAUCUGACGUCUGCACUGCGAGACAUCCGCAGCCAGUAUGAAAACAUUGCUGCCAAGAAUCUGCAAGAGUCUGAGGAGUGGUACAAAUCCAAGUUUGCCGACCUGUCCGAUGCUGCAAACCGUAAUAAUGAGGCACUGCGUCAAGCCAAGCAGGACAUGAAUGAAUCACGGCGACAGAUCCAGAGCUUGACCUGUGAGGUUGAUGGACUGAAAGGGACUAAUGAGGCUCUGUUACGUCAAAUGAGGGAUAUGGAGGAACGGUUUGGAGUGGAGGCAGCUAAUUACCAUGACACAAUUGGACGUCUGGAGCUGGAAGUACAGCAUAUGAAAGAAGAAAUGGCCCGUCACUUGAGGGAGUACCAGGACCUGCUCAAUGUCAAGAUGGCAUUAGAUAUUGAGAUUGCAACUUACCGAAAACUCCUGGAAGGAGAAGAAAGCAGGAUUGCUGUUCCCAUUCACUCACUGACAUCCCUCAGUUUUAAAAGCCAGUUAGCCCCUGAACUAGAGCCCAGCGCUGAGACUCACACCAGGAAAACUGUUGUAAUUAAAACUAUUGAAACUCGAGAUGGAGAGGUUGUGACCGAGUCCAGGAAGGAAAAAUCUUCGGAAGGGGAGAAGUAAGAAGAUAACAUUGAGAACAAAGAGACACAAUGCCUUGGUAACACCUCAGAAAUCAGAAGCUCCGAGAGCAUGGAGCAGCCUGUGCUAUCCUGACAGAGUGAUUUCUUUAUUUUUAUUUUAUUUGAGUGUUCAUCUAGAUAGCAAUCAGGGGUUAUGUUACCAAUAUCUAUUUCCCUCAUGAUGAAACAUCUAAGUGCCUGUGUCCCAGGUGGUGAUAUUGUUACCUCUUUUGUAUUCUAAUAAUUUGUCACCAUUUAUACAGUAUAUGUGUCACUAUCCCUCCCAGCAAGAGCAUUCUACCAACAUUCACAAUUAACCCAACCUCUAUGUUCUAUACCUGCAUAAAAUGAAUAUAAAUAGGUGUGGGAUCACAUUUUGGUGGUCCAUGCCAGAGGAAAAAGGUAACAUUUGUCACAUACACUAUAUAAAUGUAACAAGCACUCACUGGCAGUAUUUCCUCCGUAGUCUGCCCCUAUCUGCUCACUCAUUCAUACACAUUUCAUGCUCUCUGGCUGAUGGCCAAAGGAAACGCUUAAAGACAGAUAGCUGUAAAGCGACGUUGGUGCUAAAUAUUACCUUCCUCUGUCUAUUGUAUGAGACACUACCCCUACUCCUUGUAGCAAUGUACAUGUGCCAUGUCUGCUUAACCAGCUAAUAAAAAUGAUUUGCAGCAAUUAA